AUGAACGAUGAUUGGCACGAUGAAAUCUACGUCUGUGGUCCCUACAGUCCCAUGUCACUCCUACGGUCGGAACUUGCUCUCAAGGCUGAACGAGAACUUGAUGGCACUGCGGAAACUACAAAGCAGCAACAUGUGGAUGAAACAAGCAUUGACCACGAUGCUCCACGCUCGGAGCGGUCUUAUCUAGAAUUGCUCAUCUUUGCUCCCACGGACGAUUCAAUCAACAGUUGCCCCAAAAUCUCAUCUUUCGAUUGCAUCAAGACUGGAAACACAACGAACUACAUGUACAUCUUGACCACGUAG